UUCUUGCUUAGGGAGCAUCUACUUGACUCGAGGGGUCAAAGUCCACCUCCAACAAAAGAUUUUUUCCAACUUAUCAUAACCAAAACUAAGGUUGAGAAUUUGUAUUAGCUUACAUAUAUAAAGCAGAGUCUCAAGGACCAGUUUGGUUUCAAGGUGCAAUGUGUGAAGACCUGUCCAAGGUUACUCCAAACAAACAGAGGGCUGCGUAUCACCAGAGUAACCGCAAACUGUUGCUCACUAUACCCUUUGCUGUGGUCAUCUCUGGCUGAAGUCACUGUAGGUAGUUAGCUCAGUUCGCCGUGCAGCUAGUAGCCCAAUUUGGUGACUAGAGUCUUCCUGGACUGCAACUUUGAUUUACAGCACUAGUACAGUGGAAUUCAAUACUACAGAUAAGCAAAGGUACAUGAUGCAAUUACCACCCAUUUUCAUACCCAGUUAUAUUUUGAGAGUGGUAUAUUGCUGCAAUACUAUGUAUAAUACAGAUUUAGUGCAACAUUGUGUUUCCUGAUAAACUAAUAAAACAUAAUCUAAAAAAGACUUAUAACAAAAAAAUAUUGGUUACUGGUUUGUUUCUAUUUUCCUCACAGUCCCAAAUAACAACAACACAGCACCAAACGUGAGUCUAUCCAAUCUUUCAGUCUAUAAUAGAGUUGAGGAAGCAAUCAUAAAUGGUGCCAGGCUGCUAAAGGGCCAGGCUGCCAGGCAGACAAAACUGUACAGUGGAAAGCACGGUUUGCAGGGAAUCAGCCUGAACGCAGGUGGUUUCGUUAUUCUGUAUCCAUUGAAUUGUCCAAUCCAUUUUUACUUCAUAAUGUCAAAUAAAAAAACUUGUUUAUAGUCAGUUAGAGCAACCAGAGUCAACAUAUGGAGGUAAAUGUUCAAUUUCAUGUUGUACUUCCUGUUUACAUUUGCCAGUGAACUGUUCUUGCGCCCUCUGCUGAAAGCUCCUUGGCACCCAGUGCUGUCUCUGCCUGCAGUCAGCCUGCGUUUGUAUGUACUCUCUGCACUGUGUUCAUUUGUGCAGCCAGCAGAGGGAGCAACAUGGCAGUGAAAACUAGAGUCAGAUGAUGGGAGGAGGAGGAGGAUCAAGCAAAUAAACCCUUGGAUACGUCUGUAAGGGCAUCUGCCUCUCCGGUGCGACCUCACCUGAAACCAGUUGCGUAAGACAAAGCUCCUCUUUAUAGGUCAGUGAUGCAGCGGGAGUGACGCAGCAGCCUCCAGAAGGCAACUCUACACAGCAGGAACAAGGAACCUCUGCCAGAACCAUAGUCCACAGGCAACAUCCAGACAGCAGUGAAGAAGGAAGAUAGUGAAGGCCUAAUCUAGGCCAAAGGGAGAACGGUAGCCUUUCCUGCUUCUAAACAAACAGCGGAGAGACAUCCACAGCGGCAGAGACGGGCCCAGCAGGACCGUCUGCACAGAAACAUUUUGGAAGACUAUAAGAUGGACGUUUGCACAAAGACUUAAGCCUUGUGGUCUGCCCCGAAUCAAAACCAGCAUUCACUUCAAGUCUCUGAAGCUACUGCAGAGGACUGGAAAUGAGGACACAAACUAAAAAUGCUCCAGAGAUAUAAAUAUGACUGUGGUGUCCCCAUGCACUCAGAACCUGAUGGAUAGUGCUCACCCUCACACUGUGCUGAGCAAACUCAACGAGCAGCGCUCCCAAGGCCUCUUCUGUGAUGUUACCAUCGUGGUGGAAGAUGUUAAGUUUCGGGCCCACAGGAACAUCCUGGCAGCCUGCAGUGGGUACUUCAGGAACGCUCUGACAACCCCUGAGACAUGGAGCUCAAGCCAAGUGCUGGAGCUGAUGGACCUGAAGUCUGAGGUGUUCGCCAGUAUUCUCAACUUUAUCUACUGCUCAAAGGUGACCUCACCUGGAGCAGAGGACACAGGGGGGCUAGUGGAAGCUGGAAAAAGACUUGGAAUCCCUUUUUUAGAGAAGCUUGCAGAACAAGAGAAGCAAGAUGAAUGUGUGAAAUACAAUGACCCCAGCACAGCCCCAUUGUCGAAAAAAACAAAGAAAGAAGCUCCCAGGCCCGACGAGAUAGACAGUGCAAAAGGGCCACGUAUCACCAAUGCCUUUUCUAUGACUGAAGUGUGUCCUGGGAACAAUCUUUUCACCCCUCUGGUUCAAACUGAUGGGGAGAGGCAGCCACCAGAUGCGGGACAGCUCCCAUCAAGUUGCCCCAUAACCUCUUGCCUCAAUGGAAGCAAUGAGACAACCCAAGCCCUCUCAGAGCACUCAUAUGCAGUGAGCAAAUCUACGGAAGGCAAGGAUAGCAGUCAGUGGGACAACAAGAAGGUCUGUAAGCCAGCAAUAUCACAGCAAAAGCAACUCAUUUACAGGAAUGCAGGCCCACUUAAAAAACGCCACAGGCUGAGAGGCACUUUGGGUAAAAGUAUACUUCCAACACCAGCUGAACCAGAGACAGAUAAACCAAAUGCAAUAAGCCCCACAUUACCUGAUGAUGUUCCUGCAGCACCUACUACAGCCAUGACACCACCUCCACUUUUCUCAGAGGCAGAAACAGACAGAAAUACAGACCAUGGGCUUCCUAUAGCCACUGACAAUGUUCCAAUGGAGUUAGGUCCACCAACCCUUUCACCUCACCCAGAAGAAAGCAUUUCAAUCUACGGGUGUGAUCACUGUCCGGAGAUAUUCACAAAUAAAGCUCUUCUCACCAUUCACUCAGAGGUACAUAAAAAGCGUUUUGUCAGUCAUUUGUUUUGCAAGUUUUGUCACAGAAAGUUCAUACACCUCAAACGACUACGCAACCAUGAGCAGGUCUGUCCCAGAGUAGCAAGAGGCCCGCCUAAACUAGACGCUGCUGACUUAUCAACCAAAGAGGUCCAUUCGGAUGACAUGGCCGACAUGGAAAGCAUCCCAUCACAGAUUCCUUCUGCUGACCUCUCCACACCUUACGCCGCUGAGCCGCUUCAUGUGGACCAAUCAGAGCCUCCACAGAGUGAGAGGCUACUGAGGCCAGGUGGCAGUCAGAGGAGAUACAACUGCAGUGUCUGUAAAAGGGUCUAUGUCACCAUAUCCAGUCUGAAGAGGCACGAGAAUGUACAUUCCUGGCAGAGGGCUUAUCCCUGUCAUUACUGUAAUAAAGUGUUUGCUUUGGCAGAGUACCGUACUAAGCAUGAAAUCUGGCACACAGGUGAACGCCGUUAUCAGUGCAUUUUCUGCCUCGAGACAUUCAUGACAUAUUAUAUUUUAAAGAACCAUCAGAAGUCUUUUCACGGCAUUGAUCCCAGUCUAGCCGUUAAGAAAAAAUCCGCCAACGGUGGGCUGAAAGCCAGCGUUUAUCCAAUCAAACUCUACAGGCUUCUGCCCAUGAAGUUUAGAAAGAGACAAUACAAGACAUAUAGUCAGACAUAUUCAGAGAGUGUUGAGAGAGGGGACCAAGCUCCACUAGACAGCAACUCCCUCAUCCCUCCUUUUGAAGAAAGUGGUCUGAUCAGCCACCCUGAUACCGCUUCAUUCCCUCUGACAUUCAUGGCAACAACAAAGAUGGUGGCACCGGUCAUGCCUCGCAUCAGCUUUGACAAGCCAUGUGACCAAGAUACUGAUCAAAGUCUGGACAGUGAAUUGGAUAUUCAGAGAGGCACAAGAAAAGAGGGGGAGAACAGAGAUUCAUCCUUCAUCAACUAUGCUAGUACCUUCUCUUUUCAACCUGGUACAGAGUCUCCUUCACUGGAUGAUCCUUCAGUUCUAAGUAACUCAGGGCACAUCAGUCAUAAUGUGCCAUUCUUAAACUCUUUGAACACCGUUAAAAAGUUGAGUGAGCUAUCAGCUUCAGCAAAACGAGUUGAGGAAAUGACCAAGGAGAUACUUCAAUCAAGCACUGAGAAUCUGGUGCGCGAUAAGAUGGUGGGGGCAAAGACAGAAACAUACAUUGCCAAACCCGCAUGCCCAGGCCCAUCUGUGGAUGGUGCAGCCAUGCCUCUCUGUCAGAUAACAGUGAAAAUAGGCAAUGAAGCCAUCAUCCGCCGACAAAUCAAAGGAUCUAAGCUCUUCCCUAGAAAGAAAAGGAGAAUCAGAGAUCUGAGUGUGGAGGAGAGUCUGUGCACUCCAACAAGGGAAAACUCAGAGAGCCCCAGACUCCGCCUCAGACAAGAAGUCACUGCUGCCACAGAGACAGAGACGUAUGACGAUCCCAAUGACUGCGACACAGCUGAUAUGCUUUGGCGUCCCUACUAUUCUUACAAAGCUAAAAAGAAAAGGAAGAAGUUGAGAUUCAAGCACAGAAAAGCUUUUUUUCACCGUCAUCCCGAAACAUCUGGGGACAGAAUUGCUGAUAGUGAAACCCACCUUGAUAAAAGUAGUUGGCUGACAGACGGCAUCUCAGGUGUUAGUGCAGAGGGGAAACGUGGUCUUAACAGGAACCCCAGCCCCAGGGCCACCUACAACUGUGACAUCUGUGACAGCUCUUUUAUUACAGAGACCGGUCUCAGAGCUCACGUUAUUGGUUCCCACCCAUGUUUCUGCCGGACCUGUGGAAAACAAGGUCCCCCUGGUGAAGUACCUGCCGGAGGUGAUUACAUCUGCAACAACUGUAUGGAAAAUGGCUCCUGCUUCGAUAAUACACCCCGGAGCCCAAACCCAGAGAAGAAGUAUCGCUGCUCUUUCUGUCCCCAGCGUUUUCUCUACCUUGCCACCAAGAGAAGCCAUGAGAAAAAACACCAGGAGACGAAUGAGGAGGGAUAUAAUUAUGAUAGCCUCACACCAUGUUCUAAAUACUCAGCACACCUGAGUGAAGACAACAGACAAGAUACCAUCAAAACAGAAGACAGUGACAAUCAAGGGAGCCCAGACAUAAAAAAUGAAAGGCUGGAAGGAGGAGGUUUUUCCAUUGAUAAAAUUAAGCCUAAAAUUGAGGAUACAACUGACUUUAUGUCUUUGACGACAUACCAAGACACGUCAUACUCCAACAUUAAAGGUCCACCGUCACCCUGCACUGACCCAUUGCUUUCCUUGACGCCCUCAAAGGUGAAACAGAAAGUGCAGAAGAAAAGGCUCAAUGCACAUCAUUCUAUGCAUCUCAUCUCAAAAAAGCAAUCCCGUGACAGAGACAAUGACAGCAACAAGGAUUUUUUGAUGGGCCCAAGAACGACCAAUCACAAUGAUUGUGAGAAGCCCUUUAAACUGUUUAGGAGAAAUGACUCUGAAACUAAAGGCGCCCACAUUGCUAUGCACAAGCCAGAUAAAUGGAUGUGCAAAGAGGAGCCAUUUUUUUAAAGACCUUCGAGAACUGCGGCAAACAAUAGGCAGAAGAGAAAUUGAGGCUCCGCUUCAAGCCACUGCAUUGGUUAAGAGAUCUAAGAGUUGCAAUGUUGUCUUUGCAGCUGAGCUCAAUAAAAUGUUUUGAAUGGACGACACUAAACAAAAGGACCUAAUAUCAGCGUAGGCGGCAAUUUAUUCCUUCCUUAACUCGAUGAAUGACUGAUUUUUUCACCUUUGUAGAAGUUGUUUUUUGCAUAAUAUAGGACCCUCUGACACAGACUGUACUUUGUCCAUUGUCUAUGCAUAUAUGGCAGACUCAACGGUAACCUCAAGAAAAUAUAUGAAUGUUGGUAACGUUGCUACAAACAGUGUGCGAUUUCAGAGCAUUGGUAGAAUGUGUUCGACAACUGAAGAGCUGUCUUGUGUGGUUACAUCUUCACUUCUUCAAAAAUAUGUCUGGGAAAACAAUAUGAAUUUUACACAUUUCUGAAUCUCCCAUUCAGUUACUGUAACUGGCAUUGAUAAGUUGCACUUUAUAGUUAGACUAUGCUAAUCUGUUGGUUAAAUACUUUGAUAAUUCAAUUUAAGCACCAUUGAUAUGAUUCUAAUUUAUAAUUAACACAUGGCACCAUUGAGAUUAAAGUUACUACUUUUGUGUGUUUAUGUAUAAAAUGUGUAAAAGUAUUUAAAUAAAUGUUGUUGAUAUUCUAAACAAUUA